AAGUGAGGUUUUUGGUGAUUUUGUCAGGUUUUCUCACUUUUGUGUACAAAUUUGUCCCCAAAAUAUGUUUAAGUAGGUACAUGACAAUACAUAAACACACUCAACUUGCACAAAACUGUAACAAUCUCAGCAAUUUGCCUUUUGGAAGCUUGUGUGUUCAUAUUUAUUAACAUAUCUUAUGUUUAUAAUUCACAAAGUUAGCUUAUCAAUGUGCACUUCCCAUCAAGGUUAUAUAAAUAAGUUUUAGACCUAUAAAUAAAUGGCUACUAACACUUGUUCAUCUAGUCUUCACCAUGAACACCUUUCUGUCUCUUAUUAUCCUGAGUGUGAGUCUGCCCACCUUGGUGGUGCCUCUAGACUACCGUGCGGUGUGGCAGUUCAGGGAUAUGAUCAUCUGUACCAACCCUAAUAGCUGGCCUAUACUGGACUACGUAGACUAUGGAUGCUACUGUGGAAUAGGAGGCUCGGGCACCCCAGUGGAUGAACUGGACAGGUGCUGUAAGGUCCAUGAUCUGUGUUAUUCUGACUCAUGGCAACAUGAUGACUGUUGGGGUAUCUUAGACAACCCCUACACUGAAAUCUACUCAUUCUCAUGUGACAAAGUGGCAAAGAAAGUCACCUGCAAUGCUGACAAGAAUCGCCCAUGUGAGAUGUUCAUCUGUGAAUGUGACAGGAAAGCAGCCGAAUGCUUUGCAAAAGCGGGUUAUAACCCAGAAUACGAUAAAUAUCCUAAUGGAAACUGCAAAUGAACUGAAAUUUGAUAAAAGUUUAGGAUAUCCCUAAAGUCUCAUUAAAGAUAGCAAUGGUAUAUCA